UUCCAGCACAUUCGUUGCGGAUCAGCUGGGUGCAUGGACAGUAGAACUCAUUGCCCAAUGUCUGGCUGAUUUCGUGAGUUCUGGCCAAAAAUUAAUUCAUUUGAGGGAGACCUUGCGUGCUGGACACACUCAAGUCUUCCAUUCUGUUUCAAAGUUAUUUGUCUGCCCCCUAUAAAAAGGUGAAAAUUUGCCACAUUUCGUCUGUAUUACGUCGUCUGCUCUUUUCUUCUCGACUGCAUGGAUGGAGCAAUGGCCUUGCAUGUGAAAGCGAAUUGUGACCAGCAAGGAGUCGCCACAAUUUUGCAGAAAAUCUUCCACAAAUUCGGCGAGAAGAUCGAACCUAGAGACAACCAAAAGUGGCACGAGCCCAACUACGUCAUAGAGACGGUCCGAGGGAGUGUGGACAGUAAUUCGGAUUUCCACACAAUGGAUGUGUAUGGCGGAAAUGAGAUCGAUGACAUCAGAGAGGUCAAGAUGAGCCAGUAUGUGGCAUCUCUGAUCCUGGACUGCCUCCGUAAUGCUCGCGAGAAGCAGCAGCCAACAAAGCUACUCGUCCCAGAUGAUCUACCCCAGAGAGUGGCCGAUGACGUGAUGCGGAUGGCGCUGGACGAGCCCUGUGGGGUGCGGGGCUGCAGCCUCUCAGUCAUCUUGGAGGACGGGGAGAUUUGCCAACGGGUGGGCAAAAUCGUUGUAGACCCCAGCACCGUCACCACCUUUGAGAUUGUUUUGGUGCUGACCAAGGAGACACCUCGUUGGCUUUUCAGCAAGCUGCAGACGUACCUGAGAAACUCUAAUGAUAGGCCCACUGUCAUCAAAUCCUCUUACAAGCUCAUCAAGAGAAAACUGUACAGGAGGGAAUCACACAUGUACAUACGAGAGGGCUUGUAGCUCAGUGAGCUAUCUUUAGUCAACAACCAAAAAAAACUCUUGUUUGAAGGACUUCAUGUGCAUUAGAUACACUGAAAUCAACGCUCAUCUUUGCUGCAUUAGUAUCCACGUCUACAAUCUUGACAGGAACUCUUGACAAGAACUUGUGACUGGUUGACAAGAAUGACCCUGUUCUUCAGAAGGGGACUUCAAUGCAGUUCAUGUUUCAUGUUUGUAUUUUUGAUAAAGACUGGUGCACUGAAAAGUGUGCUAGGGCCAGUUUCCAAUCCUUGUUUGGUGCUGUUUAUAGAAUUGCCUCUUAUUUUGACUGGAGGCUAUAAGUUGCAAUAUUAAGGUAAGAAAUGUUAAGCCCCUUCCAGAUUAGCAUUUCACAGGGUGGCUUCUUUGUUUUGGAUUUAACUUUGAACAGAAUGUAAAAUUUCAGACACGGUUAGUUAAGAGUUCAGACAACAUUUGGUGCCCCAUUUGCAAGUGAUUCAUCGGCAGAUGUGUCCAUCACUGUUGCCAAAAGAAGCUCUUCGUAGACAUCAUAUUACUGGAACACUUUCAGAUGAAAAGUUGAAAGACUCGCUGAAAAAGACAAUGUUUGAGAGAAUCGUUUGAGCAACAUUUCAUUAUCAACUUCACUUUCGUGUGUUGUACAUUUUCUUUUAGCCAUCAAUUCAUUGCCGGAUAUUUUCUUUUUACCACUAGGUUGGAAGGAAAGAGACACCCAGGCAUUAAGUCAAAGUUUUUCAGUCCAUUGCCAGUAAUUACUCCAUUUACUUUCACGAUGCAUCCUUUAGUAAAUGGUCAAAUUGUGUGACAAGCCCAUGUCAGGUUUGGGCAUUAAGCCACUUAUAAAUAUUUUGUGUCACUGCCGUGCAGUUGUAAAGAUUGUGUUGUGUAUUCAGCAAUUAGCGCACACCUUGUGACAAAGAAACCAUUAUUUCUUAAACGAGAGUCGUGAAUUCAUAACAAAUUGCCAGCACCUCUUUGCAAGUUGUAGCUGGUAGUGUAUAUGCCCUGCCCAGAACCAUAAUCCGGGACCAUCUUCAAGGAAGGCCCAAUGUCUGCGUUAUGUAACAUGCCUCUGAAAGGCAGGUGAUGAAAUUUGCUGGUCAAAUGAUAUCUUCCUGCAGGAUAUAUAGUAGGAUCCUCGGGCAGGAAAUGUUGCAGUCACGAUGUCUCCGUCCGUGACUUUUUGUGGUAUGGCUUUGUAAAAAACAAAAAUCAUAAAACGAAGGGCAUUAAUCACAGUAACAAUGACUACAAUUUCUGCAAGCCUACUUUGUGAAUUUAAUCGUUCAACCUGGAAAUACAUGUGCCAGGAUGGAAACACCGUUUUGAAUUUUAUAAUUAGCAACUUUAUAAAGCUUGACCAAAGGUGAAUCAAAAUUUUUAAAUGGACCUUUGCAGUUGAACACAUUGAGCCAUUUUUAGGGUUUAAAGUGUGGACUACGCUCAUUGCGUAAAUAUAUAGCGAUAGUCUCUUAUCUGAAUUAAAGUCACAUGAUGCAAAUGAGGUUUCUCCCUCAUAUAGGUUUGCAUGAUGUAAUCAGUUAAUUUUGUAAUACAUAUAAGCCACUUGCCUGUUGCAAUUUUACCACGGAGGAAGCUCCAUGGGGUUUUACUGUGUUGACGAUGGGUCACCUGCCCAAGUCAUCGAGUGACAUCUUGUAAUGAACAAAGUUCACCCCAUAGUAUUGAUUAGAAGUUGGCUUGCUUAGUGUUCACCCGUUUUUGCACAAAACAUGGACUUUUCACCCAUUUAAAUUGAUGAAAAUCUAUGUAACAAUUAGGAAUUCGGUAUCAGCAAUGUUAACCCCUUAAGUCCAAAAAGCAAACGUGUCUGAAAUACCUUAAAACCAAAGAUCGUAUAGCGCCACGAAGCGGUGCAAGAUGGCGAAACUUCACCGUGAAUAUACGUGCCCUUAAAACUGCUGGAGGUGCUGGCACUUCCAAAAUGUGCAACACAAAAAUUAAAUGCUUGUGAGAAAAGCCUGCCGUAAAGAUUUAUCAAAUUUGGAUCAGUCACGAAAUGUUACCAGUAAAUGGCAGUGAAUUUACACACGAAAACGAUCGCGGAUACCGUGUACAUUGUGAUGAUGAAAGUAAAAUCCUCAUUUCCAGUGCGCAUGUCUCUACCGAUGACGCAUGCGCGCGUGGCAGGAGUCUGCAUUUCACUGUCGGUUUCGAACCACUGCCCGGUCUUAACCACGGACUUAUGGUAGCCCGAUUUUGCAAAAGGUUCCCAAUCUAGAUUUUGGUUCAGAGUAGCAUGUACGUGAACCCAAUGAUAUCAUUCAUGAAGCCAAAUUGUUGGAAUCCUAAACUCAAGAUGUUUAUAUAUAAGUGACGAGAAUGAUUAAAAAGAACUUUUAUGCAGUUAUUUGA